AUAGUUGCGUCCUGAUUCCUGAAGCACGCAAGACCACCGUCGCGAAAUCUGUUUUGUCAGAUUGGUUUCCGAUGAGCAGCGAGACAGAAGAAGCCGUUCGCCGCCGUACUUCUGUGGCAGAGUAUCGGAAGAAGCUUCUCCAGCACAAAGAACUCGAAUCCAGAGUUCGUGGAGUUCGGGACAGUGUACGAGGUGUGAAGAAGGAAUAUGCUAAAACAGAAGAUGAUUUGAAGUCUCUUCAAAGUGUUGGACAAAUAAUUGGCGAAGUCCUGAGGCCUCUUGACAAUGAAAGAUUGAUUGUCAAAGCUAGUAGUGGACCUAGGUAUGUGGUUGGUUGCCGCAGUAAAGUGGAUAAGGAAAAGUUGACUUCAGGGACUAGAGUUGUUCUUGAUAUGACUACCCUCACAAUUAUGCGAGCUCUUCCCCGUGAAGUUGAUCCUGUUGUGUACAACAUGCUUCAUGAAGAUCCUGGCAAUAUUAGCUAUUCUGCUGUUGGAGGGCUUUCUGAUCAGAUAAGAGAGCUUAGGGAAUCUAUAGAGCUGCCUCUCAUGAAUCCUGAGCUUUUUAUCAGGGUUGGUAUCAAGCCCCCAAAGGGUGUUCUUCUGUAUGGGCCUCCUGGAACAGGAAAGACAUUAUUGGCCAGAGCAAUUGCUAGUAACAUUGAUGCCAACUUUCUGAAGGUAGUAUCGAGUGCCAUAAUAGACAAGUAUAUAGGAGAGAGUGCUAGAUUGAUCCGCGAAAUGUUUAACUAUGCUCGUGAGCACCAACCUUGCAUUAUCUUCAUGGAUGAAAUUGAUGCUAUUGGUGGGCGCCGCUUUAGCGAAGGAACUAGUGCCGAUCGUGAGAUCCAAAGAACUCUUAUGGAACUGCUUAACCAGCUAGAUGGAUUUGAUCAGCUUGGCAAGGUGAAAAUGAUUAUGGCAACAAAUAGGCCUGAUGUUCUGGAUCCUGCACUUCUUCGUCCUGGUCGGUUAGAUAGGAAAAUUGAAAUUCCAUUGCCGAAUGAACAAUCGAGAUUAGAAAUCCUCAAAAUUCAUGCCGCUGGAAUAGCCAAACAUGGUGAAAUUGAUUACGAGGCAGUUGUAAAGCUUGCUGAGGGAUUCAAUGGUGCUGAUCUUCGUAACGUUUGCACUGAGGCGGGUAUGUCAGCAAUCCGUGCUGAACGCGAUUAUGUCAUACACGAAGAUUUCAUGAAGGCUGUCCGGAAACUGAACGAAGCAAAGAAACUAGAGUCCAGUGCUCAUUAUAAUGCUGAUUUUGGUAAGGACUGAAAGUAAUGGUUUCGGGCCAGGAUAGAAGACAUCUCAGUUGGUAAAACUAUUAUUAUUAUGGAAUAAUAGAGAUUUUGGCAAUUAUAAUGAGGUUAAUGAAUGACCAAGGUUCUUCUGGUUUUAGUUGUUCUCGAUUUUGAGGAACGGAGGUCAUUUUUUACUGUUGAGUUUUGUUUUUCCGUUUGCUUGCGACUGUAGCUAUCUAUCUAUAAUAUACAUACAUAGAGCAAUGUGAUAAUUCAAACUCUCUUACUUGCAAAACUUAUGUCAUGUUGGAAUCUUCUA